ACCUUUCGUUUUCCUAUGGGUGCCUACAGGAAAGCGAGCCAAAAUGGUCAAAGAGAAACAGAAAAAGUCAGCCAAUCCAGCAAAAGGUAAAUACCCUUCAGUGCAAGUUAAUGUGAAAUUUAUUUUUGAUCGUGUAUAACCAGAAAUCUCGCCUAAUCAUUGUUUUCAAUUUUUUCCGAUUAGGGGCUAAGAUAAAGUAUAAAUCCUUAAUAUAUCUUGCCUGGUUUAAACAUCUCAGUUUUAAUAGCUGUUAACAAAUUUUCUGUGGCGCUAAGAUCUCCCAAAUUUAAGAAAAAUAUUGUGGAAAAUUAGACAAAUGGAAAUGUUUGCUGAAGAUAAGAUUUAUUCCAUGCAUCAUAGAAUUGCAGUUAAGUGGAGUGAUCAACAGUUAAGUGGAGUGAUCAACAGUUACAGUUAAUAUCGUGUUUAAAUAAAAGCUUAUUAUUAUUAUUAUCAGAAAAAGUUGUUACAGGCAGUUCAGAUUUGGAAAAUUUAAGUCUUUGCUGAUCAGAUCUUCAUCAAGACACAAAAGCUUUUUCAAAGACGCAAAACUUUUCAAAAUUUCUGUCAGUGUGUGCAACUAAAUCUAAGAGGGCAAUGUUUAGCCACUCCACUACACCAUGCAAUCUUCAUCGAAUACUUGGGGAGCAUUCCAGAAUCCCAAUUUUUGCAAUAAUCUCAUGAAAAUUUAGAUGAGCAUUUUUACCAUUGUAGCAGAUUUCUCUUACUCUUCUUAUGCAUAAUUUAGAGCCAUAGGGGCAUCAUUAAGACUUUUUCUUUCUGGAUAUGAAUAGCUUAUAUUGCAUAGUCAAUAAAGUUUUCUCAUUUCUUCAAACAAAAAUUGCUUCAAAGCUCAUUGUGUGAAACAUCAUUUUCCAAAUAUAUAGUCUUUUGAAAAUUGAAAUCUUGCUUAUCCCACUCCUGGCAAACAGCCAUAUUUUUGAGAUCAGUGAGGUCCACCCAUGAACCAUAGUCACACGCCCGCAAUCCUUGAUGAACUCUAGACUUCGCUAGUGCUUUCCUUUCCCCAGGUGUAAAUAGCCGGUCGGAAUUAGCACCCUCGCCCCAGGCUCAUUUGGGGAAUAUGCAUGUUUUAAAUAGUGGGAAAUAUCAUUGAGAAUUAUAGAGAGAAUAAUACAUGGGUGCUUGGAAAUACCAGAUUUAUUUCGAGUGUUGAAAAUGAUAUCUCAUGAGUGAGUGCAUGUUUAUUAUAUAAAAAACAGUCUUUGAAAAGCGAUAAUUUUUACAGAAAAGUGAAAAAUUUGAAAAGCAAUAAUUUUCACAUGUGAGAUUAUCACUUUUAUCAGGGCUCGAAAUCUCUAUAAAGCACUAUACUUUAUAUAAUAAAAUUAUAUAAAAUAUGACAAACAAAAUACUAUUUCAAUUUACAGAUGAGACAAAGAAACAAGACAACUGUGGAGAUGAAAGCAAAGAAAGACAGCUAAACCAUCAAAAGGUACAAGGAAAUUAA